AUGUCCAGCACCAACGGGCGCCGUUCGUCCGAGUCGUCUCGGACACUUCCCGGCCCAGCUUUCCGCAAGGAUCAUAUUGGUCAAGAUCGCUCACGGUCCAUGUCCGCGACGAUGACCCCUCAGUUUCGUGCGAUGAUCGAAUCGGGCCGGAUUCCGCGUCCGCCAGUACCACCAGCUACGGGUGGGCGUGACUCGCCUGCAGCGAAGCCGCCUCGUUCGCGCACGCCCAUUGUAUAUCCGGCGCUGCUAUCGCGCAUUGCGGAGGCAUUCAAGGCCAGGAUUGUGCUGCAGGAUCGUGUGAAGGAUGGUCUCACAUACAAGGACGCGUUCGAUGGCCGCGAGGCAGUCGACAAGAUCGCGUAUAUCAUCAAGACCACCGAUCGAAAUCUUGCCCUCCUCCUCGGCCGUGCCCUGGAUGCACAGAAGUUCUUCCACGCGGUUACGUACGAUCACCGCCUGCGUGACUCCGCACACGACCUGUAUCAGUUUAGGACGAAACUACCUAGCCCGUUUGUGAGUGGAGAACUGGUGAACGUCGAAGAAGACGGUGAGGGAAUCACGAAAGCUCCUGGCCGGCCGCUCAUAAACGACGGUGCGGACACGUCAGCUUCGAAGGAAAGCCCGUCCCCUACCGCCGAGUCUGAUGCCGAGAAGGCUUUCAAGGACGGUUCGCGGCCCAGCUCACCUUCCCCGCCAGAUUCUGUAACGUCGCCUGCAUCGCGGCCACGUAGAGGCUCAGUCUCGUCUGACGAUGCGCCUUUGCCGUCUGGGGUGUUCACCCUCCUCACCGAUUGUUACUCUCCAACAUGUUCUCGUGAUCAACUCUGCUACUCGAUCGCUUGUCCAAGACGACUGGAGCAGCAGGCUCGUCUGAACAUGAAGCCACAGCCGGGGCUCAAGAAGCAGAUCAGCCGAGAGAGUUUGGGCGACCUUGUUGAGCCCGGCACGUUGUGGAUCCACUCCGUACCGCAGGAGGUGGUUAACAGCGUCUCGGAUGCCGAGAAGAAACGCCAAGAGGCUAUCAACGAGGUCAUCUACACUGAGCGUGACUUCGUGCGGGACAUGGAAUAUCUGCGCGACCUCUGGAUGAAGCCUCUCAAGGAAUCCGAUAUCAUCCCUGAGCCUCGACGGUCCGACUUCUUGGAGCAGGUUUUCUGGAACAUCAACGACAUCAUCGCUGUCAACACGCGAUUACGAGACGCUCUCAACAAGCGUCAGAAGUCGUAUGCAGUGGUCGAGCAAAUAGGCGACGUGCUCCUGGAGGCGGUGCCUCACUUCAGCCCCUUCGUAUCGUAUGGCGCUCACCAGCUCUAUGGCAAGUACGAAUUUGAGAAGGAGAAGAGCUCGAACCCAGCGUUCGCUCAGUUCGUAGAGGAAGUGGAACGUCGACCAGAGUCGCGUAAGCUCGAGCUGAACGGCUACCUUACGAAGCCGACUACUCGACUUGCCCGUUACCCUCUGCUUCUGGAGGCAGUCCUCAAGCAAACACCGGAUGACAGCCCCGAUAAGGCCGCCUUGCCCAAAGCCGUCGAGAUUGUCCGCGAGUUCUUGAAGGCCGUCAAUCACGAGACGGGCAAGGCGGAGAACCGCUUCAACCUCUUGCAGCUCGACCAGCAGCUGAUCUUCCGCCCUGGAGAGGAAGUUGACCUUCGGCUCAAAGAGGAGGGACGCGAGCUCAUCUACAAGGGUGCGCUCAAGAAGCAAGGGGAUAGUUCCGAGCUUUCGGUUUUCCUCUUCGACCAUGCUCUGCUCAUGGUGAAGGCCAAGAGCAAGGGCGAGCAGUACAAAGUGUAUCGCCGGCCCAUCCCCCUCGAGCUAUUGCUUGUAUCUGCCCCAGACGACUUCCCGACUGGGAAGCCGAAAGACAGGGAGAAGCAGAAGCUCAUGAAGAAUUCGCCCCAUGCUCCCGCUGUAGCCGUGAAGGAUAACAAGGGCGGCUUCUCCAUUACCUUCGUGCACCUGGGUCGGAAGUAUUACCAGAUGACGCUGUGGGCCAGCACGUAUGUCAGCCAGCGGAAGUGGGUCGAGAACAUACAGAAGCAGCAGGACCUCAUGCACGAGCGGAGUAUGGUCUUCGAGACGGUGACGCUCAGCGAGGGAUUCUUCUUGGGCCCCAACCGGGUAAACUGUGCUGCCCCCUUCAACAAUGGCAAGCGAGCUGUGUAUGGCACGGAUGAUGGUGUUUACAUCUCCAACCUCUGGGAACGAAGAGAGCCACUGCGUUUUCUUGCCCUGAAGGACGUCUCGCAGGUGGAUGUUCUUGAGGACUACCAGCUCCUGGUCGUCCUGUCCGAGCGCCAAGUCAUCACCUUCCCACUCGACGCCCUCGACCCGAAGGACCCCCUCGCUGGCUUGAAGCGUGGCAAGCGGAUAGCGUCGCACAUCUCGUUCUUCAAGGCAGGUGUCUGCUUGGGCAAGACGCUCGUCUGCGUGGUCAAGGCGAGCCCGUUGUCUAGCACCAUCAAGACCCUGGAGCCCAUCGACCAGAACGUCCGCGGCCGGAGUAAGCCUACGUUCAAGAAGCUGCUUCAGGGUGGAAACGAUACGCUGCGCGAGUUCUAUAUUCCUGUGCAGUCGAGCUCCAUCCACUUCCUGAAGACGAAGCUCUGUGUAGGGUGUACGAACGGCUUCGAGAUCGUCGAUCUCGAAACGCUAGAUACGCAGGGCCUACUUGACCCUUCUGAUCAGUCGCUAGACUUUGUGCGCAGACGGGAAGGUCUGCGCCCAUUGGCGAUCUACCGCAUCGACAGCGAGUUCCUGCUGUGCUACGACGAAUUCGCAUUCUACGUGAACAGGACUGGCUGGAGGUCACGUAAAGACUUCAUGGUCUACUGGGAGGGUUAUCCGACAGGGUUCGCUCUUCAUUACCCAUACGUUCUCGCGUUUGAGCCGACUUUCGUCGAGAUCCGACAUGUCGAGACCGGUGCGAUGUCGCAGAUCAUCCAAGGCAACAACCUACGUCUCCUCUUCGCCGACACUCCUCCCUCGACGACACAUUCCGCCUCGCAGCCACAACAAUACCAACAGGGUUACGGGUACAACCAAUAUGCUGUCAACCAGAACGCGUAUGGAAGCCGGCAAUCCCUCAACGGCUAUGGUGCUCCGUCACCACAGCCGGCGUAUUCUAACCCCUAUCAGUCACGGCCGCAAUCCACUGCAGGGCGCGACGAGAUACUCAUGGUUUCGGACGACCGAGUGAUGAGGUUACAGAUGGCGUCGCCGAACGCGAUGUCAUAGCCUUUGCAUGUGCUCGUCCGGCGUCCCUCAUCAUGCUGCGCGCGGGCGUCGAGGAGGGCGCGCUGUGCUGCGCCUCCCGAUGCUUCGGCCGCCUUCGCACCCUUCGUUCGUCCCUCAUUCUGCUCUGAUGGCGGCCGCUGUUACUGGCGGCCGCGCCGUGUCUGAAAAGUUGUGUCAUUGUUGUCUUAUACACAUCUGUUCGCUUCCUUGCACAGCAUAUAUAUAUCCUACUUGCAUUUGUAGCCAUUGUUACGAUAAGCGUAGCUAACGAUUAGUCAUGCCAUGAUAGAACCUGUAUGAGCACGAUGUUGUGCCUUGUCGUCCUCAGAGGAGGAGAUCUGUACGAGUUCAGUUUGGCCUUGUACUCUGUCCGACGCGUACUUCUCUCCGCGACAG